AAAGAGACUGCAACGACAGUUUAGUCGUCAGUAACGUUCCGCGGUCUUUUUUGGAUAGACAACUUAGUUCUACGUUGAAACUUUUCAAAAUGCAAGGAAUUAUUUUUGUUUGCCUAACAGUGCUUGUAUACCAGACGGCUUCUUACAGUGUAAAAGAGGACGAUGGACAUAUCUUUAUGUCAUGGAAUUCGCGACAGAAGCGGAUGUCUAGCGAAGAAGAAUGUCACUCGCUUUUACCCAAACCCAAUAAGGACGUACCACUUUGCUGUCAAAUGCCUAACAUUUUGCCAGGCACAGAAAGUGUUUGGGAAACUUGUAUGGCCAAAUUUAAGGAAGCUAUGGAUAAGCCUGACUCUCAAGAACAUAAAGAAAUGGUUCAUGGAAAACACGAACCUCCGUGUUUGUUCCAAUGUGUAUUCAUGAAUAUCGGACUUGUCACAAAUGACGGAAAGCUUGAUGAGCAAAAGAUAACAAACAAAAUGAGCGAAAGUUUUAAAAACGAUGCUAACUGGGGAUCUAUAUGGCAACCGCAUUUGAACAAAUGUUUCAACGAAAUUAAAAAUGAAAAAGAUGAACAAUUAAAUCAUAUGAUGAACACGCCUGCAGGAAAAUUGAUGAAGUGUUUCCUUAGAAAUUUGUAUAUGAGUUGUCCUCGUGGUACAUGGGUCGAAAGUUCUGAAUGUACAAAUCAAAAAACGUUGGUACAAAACUGCCCAAAUAUGCCACCACCAGUUUUUAAACGCCCACCAAAACUCAUUUAACUUUCAAAAUACUCAUUGGUGUAUAGUUGAACUGGUUCACUCGCUAUUUAAGUAGUAACACGGAACACUUAUUUUAUUGUACUUCAUUAUUUUUCAAGUUUAAUAUAAACUUUAUUAUUCUGAUACAUUUU